AUGCAGAGGAACAAUACAAUCUCCCCCUCAUCUGAGGCAGCUGAUUCUGUUUUAAGUUUCACCAGAGAUGAAAAACCUCUCCAUUAUACAUUACAAAUCCAAUCUUUUUCGUUGCUCAAGACCGCACUUGCUGCUUCCAAUUGUGACAGAUAUGAGUCCCAGAUCUUCAAUGCUGGCGGUUAUAAAUGGAAAUUAGCGGUGUAUCCCAAUGGAGAUGUGAAAAGAAAUGGAUCUGAUCAUAUAUCCCUCUAUUUGGUAAAGGCUGAGGAUGGCAUUCCUACUUCAGAGGUCAAUGUUGUGUUUACGUUUCUUGUUUAUGAUAAUCUCAAUGACAAAUAUUUGGCAGUCCAAGAUGAGAAAGUAAGACGUUUCCAUUCAAUCCAGACAGAGUGGGAAUUUGAAAAGUUGAUAUCUCUUGAGACUUUCAAUGAUUCUUCAAAUGGGUUUUUAGUUGGUGAUUGCUGUGCAUUUGGAGUGGAUAUCGUUGUCAAGAAAUGUGAUGGGAAAGGGGAGGUCGUUUCCUUCAUCAAGGAACCAAAAAAUAACGAAUAUACUUGGAAAACCAACAACUUUUCACAACUAGAUAAGAAUAUGUAUGAAUCUGAUCCAUUUACAGUGGAGGGCUACCGUUGUUUUAAAGAGCUUCCUCAAGGUUCUCAAGUGUAUACUGAAUUUGAAAUAGCUGUGCUCAGUAAGUACUGGUUCGAGUUUGGCGAUUUAGGUUUGGGUUUUCGGAAUUUCAUGUCUUUGAGAGAUCUCAAUGAAGUCACGAAAGGCUACAUUUGUGAUGACACUUUGAUUGUUGAAGUGAAGAUCAAUGUUGUGUCUACUUUGAAGCUUUUCUAG